AUGGACGAACAAAGUGAAAUUCAGCCACAACCCACAAGCAUACUUCAUACACUUGGUGAAGAAAUCAUCAGGAUCAUCACCCCAGUUUCAAUUUGCAUGCUUUUGGUAGUCCUUCUAGUCUCAAUUCUCAACAACGACGACAAUGGCCUUGGCGGCUUCGGUUCAAACAUCUCAACUUUAGCUUCCAUAGCCUACAGUGAGGACAGCUCAGACUCCACCUGGGACAAAUUCAAAGGUGCCCUUUUGAACUCCCUCGUGUUUGUUGGGGUUGUCACAGUUGUCACAUUUAUAUUGGUUCUCUUGUUUUACUGGAGAUGCACUACGUUUUUGAAAUACUAUAUGGGUUUCUCUGCUUUUCUUGUUUUGGGUUUCGUUGGAGGUGAAGUGGCUGUUUUUGUGGUCAAAGCGUUGAGCAUUCCUGUGGAUGCUGUGACAUUUAUGGUAGUUUUGUAUAAUUUUACUGUGGUUGGUGUUUUGGCGGUUUUUAUGGGUAAAGUUGGGAUCUUUGUAAAACAAGGGUACUUGGUGGUUAUUGGAAUGUUGGUUGCUUAUUGGUUUACACUUUUGCCUGAAUGGACUACUUGGGUGCUUUUGGUUGCCAUGGCACUGUAUGAUCUUGCUGCUGUGUUAUUGCCUGGUGGCCCAUUGAGGCUUUUGGUGGAGCUUGCUAUAUCUAGGGAUGAAGAUAUUCCUGCUUUGGUAUACGAGGCCCGGCCUGUUAGUAAUCCGGAUUUGGUUCCCUCAAGUAGAGUUGCAGAGAGGAGAGUUUGGAGGGAUAGAAGCCGGGCUGAAUCUGAUUCAAAUGGUAAUUUAGGUGCGAGUUCCAGUAGUAACCUGAAUGUGGGUGAUGUUUCCGGUAAUGGUUCCGAUCAGAGUGAAAGGAUUGUAAGAGUCGAUUCUGAGCUAUCUGCUCCAUUGAUUCAACAACCACCCGUUGGGUCAAGUGAGGAUUUUGCACUCGAGGGGAUUGGCUUAGGCUCGUCCGGCGCUAUCAAGCUUGGUCUUGGGGACUUCAUAUUUUACAGUGUUCUAGUUGGUAGAGCUGCAAUGUACGAUUUUAUGACUGUUUAUGCGUGCUACCUUGCUAUUAUUGCUGGUUUAGGCACCUCAAUGAGUGGGAUAGCUGGCUAAAGUAUUUAAGGUUGCUCCAUGUCCGUAGCGAAAUUCGAACUCUCGACCUAUGGUUAAAGGUGAAAGCGUUCCUUCCAAUCCACCACAACUUUGAUUUAAGUAGUUGUUGUUUGCACGUCGUAAAAUUUUAUAUUCUAAUUAUUGUUUGUAGAAUGUAAAUAACCCAUACAUUUAUAUACUCGGUAUUAGUUAUAUAUAUAUAUAUGUAUACUUCAUACUAGUUCAAAGAAUUAAAAAGAGGAAAACGUAGACACAAUCCAUUCGAAGUUAGUUAAAUAUAAAAAUUAAUUUAUGUUGUUUAUAUACUGAUGAGUAGGGAAGUCAAGUAUAAUAUUCAAGCACAUAAUUAAUGAGAUAAAGCAUUAUACAAAAAUACUUUAUAUAUAUUCAUAUAGUUGACGGGC